AAGCGCUCCAGGAUUUAGGCCCUUCGACAAAUCCGCACAAACAAGGACAACAGAAGCCAAACAGCUUAUGCUAAUAGAAUUUGAUCUGCAAGUAUUUUAUUGAACUGCGCUUUGCUCGUUUGCACGGUGGGAUAAUAGUGUGACACUGAAGAAGAGUGACAACUGCAAAGGUUUUCUAUGAAAUAUGUGGAGGUGUCAUGUGCUGAAGAUGGGUCAGGCUGUAAUGGUCCUUAUGCUGAUUUGGAUGCCGCUGUUUACUGUGUCACAUCUAGCAGAACUGGAGCAGGCUACAAGAUACUUAAAGCGAUACGGCUAUCUGUUUACAUCCCUGCAAGAGCAAGAACCGCAGCUGGAGCAAAUAACUGAAGCACUGGGAAUAUUCCAGAAAGUGACAGACCUACCAGUCACAGGCAGGUUGGACAAUGCUACGCUAGCCAUGAUGAAAAAGCCACGGUGUGGCGUUGAGGAUCACUUUAACAACAAAACUCUCAAAUAUCGAAUAUUGGGUUCCUGGCGUAAGAAGAAGCUGACUUAUCGUAUCUAUGGCUUUGCUCCUGGUCUGGGAACAGCUCAAACACGGGUAUCUAUAAAGGCAGCAUUCAAGUACUGGAGCGACGUUACACCUCUCCAGUUCUAUGAGGUCACUGAGGGAAACGCUGACAUCAAAAUGUCCUUCCACAAGAGGGACAACGUCUGCCCAGUGCCAUUUGAUGGACCAGGAGAUGUUCUGGCUCACGCUGAAGGUCCAGAAUCUGGCAUAGUGCACUUCGAUGCAGAGGAGCUGUGGACUGAGGGGCAAAGCUAUGGAGCAAAUCUGAGAAUUGUAGCAACCCAUGAGAUAGGCCACGCCCUGGGUUUAGACCAUUCGCAGUAUUCCAGCGCUCUCAUGGGCCCUGUAUACACUGGUUACCGUGACAACUUUCAGCUCCAUCCAGAUGAUAUCCGUGGAAUCCAGGCACUGUAUGGUAAACCAGAGGAACAACCUCCAGUAACCUUAGACUCAACUCCCCCUGAUCCCUGCACUGCCUCCCUGGAUGCUAUAAUGCUUGGGCCAUUGCACAAGACGUUUGCAUUCAGUGGAGAGUAUGUAUGGACGAUAUCUGAUGACGGCUAUAACACACCGAUACGGAUUAACAUCCUGUGGAAGGAACUGCCUGGUUAUUUAAAUGCUGCCGUGCAUUCGCAAAGGACCGGCAAGUCUUACUUUCUUAAAGGUGAUAAAGUUUGGAGGUAUUCUGGCUUUAAGUUGGACCACGGUUAUCCCAAACUGCUUGCUAUCCCUCCAAACAUUGAGGCUGCCUUUUACUUUCAAAGCAAUAAAAAACUCAUUUUUAUUAAGGGUUUCGAAUACUGGCAGUGGGAUGAACUGGGUUCCCCCGAUGAACUGAAACAAUUUCCUAAACCCCUCUCACAUCUCAUCCCUGGGUUACCAUCCAGUCCAGAUGCAGCAUUCACAUGGACUAAUGGUCAUGUUUACAUUUUCCAAGGAGACCAGUACUGGCGUUUAAGCCCCAGACACUUCAUCGAGAAGGGUUACCCGCUAAACAUGAGAGAACGCUGGAUGAAGUGUGGCCAUUAA